UCUCAGGUCAGUGUUUACAUUGUCAUGGCCGACGACACACUCACUCACAUCACUCAUAUUAUUAUUAUACUUUACUGCUCUUAUAUCCUCUAGUUCUUACCCUCACUAUGAUGGCUCUAGGCUUCUACCUUGUAGAAUGGAUCAUCAGGCGAUCCCCAAUGUCACAAGUGGAUCUUUAUCACCAGAACUUCGCCCCACAUCUUCCCGGAAGCAUGAACUCUCCUCGGGGCUUGGCCUUCGACCAGUGGAUGCAGGUAUACACUCAAUAAACGACGAGAUACAGCCAGUUCAAGAAGGCUUACACCAAGCUGCCCAAGACAUACGCCAGGUUGGCGGACAGCUCCACCAAGUUAACAACGGUAUAUCGGUUGACGGGGAAGAGUUGAGGCUGACGGACAACGACAUGCAACAAGUCAGCAGUGAUUACUCUCAGGUUUCUGACCCUCUUGCUGUAAAUAAUGAAGAUAAUCUGACAAUGGAUGGCGAGAUCACAGACAUGGAUCAGAAUCAAGAUGUACAGGUCAUUACUCAUCAGACCAAUCUGCUAGAAGAUGCAUCAGAAGUUCUUAAUGCAAACAAGACAGUAAAGUUGCAUAGUUUUCCCAGCCAGCAAGCUGCUCAUGAAACACACAACCCUCAAGGUCUACAGCUUGGUGGCAUUACCAAUGGUAGCGGAACUCUGCCCCUAGACACUCAGCAUUACUACGAGCCUCUUCACCCGGCACCAAUAAUGGUGUACGAAGUCCCAGCCAGCAACAUUGUGCCUUUUGAUUCCCUAGUGCCUGUUCCCAUGUCCAAAGGUAUGGGUGAGAAGAGUAAUGAGGGGGUAGACUUACUACAAGCCUCCGUCAGUGAGACUGUUUACACUCAUCCAUCUCAUGAUAUGUCUCAUCCGUUAUAUGUCUUACACCAGCCUCAGAAGAAAGAACCUAAUUCUGAAGGUAUGGUCAUUGAGCAAAUUAAUGGAAGUGAUGGAGUGAGUCCUAACAUCGUUCUUGAAAACAGAGAUACUAACAACUUUACAAAAGUAGGGGAUCAGUCCUCUAAUAUGAUGCCAAUUGGCACUGAGUUUAGUCUUAUAUCAGCCUCUUGUUAUGACAGUUCAGUAACAACUGUGGCAAAUAUGGCACAACUGUCCAUGUCAGCAGUAUAUCACACCUCCACAGACACAGACAGCGAAGUUGCUCUUACCCUUGCUAGUCUUGGUAAUCCAAAAAUUGAGAAAAUGGACCGGGAAUGCGUUCAGAACCAGGGUUCAGAACAUUCGGAUGUCAUUAGGGCAGCUUCCAUCAUAUCGGGUGUAACUGAUCACCAACACUUUGAUAAUAUAGAUCACCAAAGUAAUAAAGGUUUAUCUGAAGAAGUGAGUAAAAAGGAGAGCAAGCCUACUCUGGUGCUGAGGAGCAGAAGAAGUAGAGGCACUACUCCUAACCAACACCACCAACAUAUGCUCACUGAUGACACCAAGAAGAGCAGCAGGAGGAAGAAAAAGAGAGUGCCAAAACUCAUUCCCUUCCCAAAAACCGAAGGAAGUGACAAUUUCAUAAUUCCAGAGAGUGUGUUGUCUGUUCGUCAGAUACCUGCUCCGUCAAUCACCAUGCAGAACGAAUCUCAGAAGGAAAACCUGCUGGGUCAGCUGCUCAAGGCAUCCGAGCACUGUGAACCAGCAACCCUCAUACCAGAAGGCGUCGUCGAUGAUGUAAUACCAGCAGUUGGCUACCGAAUAAUGGAUAUGACCAAUCUCAGUGAGAUGAUAAGAAUGAUGCAUCGUUGUACAGGUUCCAUGGGAGCCAUUGUGAUUCAGGAGCAAGCUUCUCUCCGUGAGGGAGCUGUCUCCCAACUUAGUGUUAUUUGUACUGGCUGCCAGGAAGGGGCAGUGUGUGCUACCAGCAACAGAACAUCAGCCACAGGUCCCUGGGACAUCAAUGCGAGGGUGGAACAACUCACUAAAGAGUUCAACAUUAAGGAAGACCAAGUGCAGCGGAUGCUAGAAAUUCUUGGCAUAUUUUACCGUCCUUGUGACCCGUCCCUCCAGCCUAUGCCACAACCAAUGGAAAUGGAGGCAACACCCGUACAUAGUGGCAAGAAAAAGAGAAAAAAGAAAUCUGACACAGAUUCUUGUGGCAAGCCCAAGAAUUUAGUUUGUACUGUUUGUAAGGAAAGAUUUGUUGGGGAGAACCACCUUAAAAAACACAUGCACAGCCACGACCUUACCUUGCACACGUGCCCCUACUGUCAUGCAUACUUCAAGAAGCCCUUCAACCUCAAGCAACACAUCAAGAAGCAUGAGAAUUGUAAGUACGAGUGCAACCAGUGCCAGCGAGUGUUCACUGACAAGUCAACUUUACAGUGCCACAUUAGAUCACAGCAUGAAAAAAGGUAUAACAUUCAAUGUGAACUCUGCUUAAAACGAUUUUAUCAUCGAGCACACUACAACGAGCAUAUGCGAAUCCACACCGGCGAGAAGCCUUAUAUGUGCGAGUUGUGCGGAAAAAAGUUCUCCUGGCAUGACAGUGUUAAAAAACACAUGCAGACUCACAGUGCUGAAUCCAAGUACAAGUGUCGCCUCUGUGGCAAGUGGUUCCGAUGGUUGCAAGGUGUUCGUCAACAUCUACAACAGCAACACAAGCUGAAGAAAUGUGACAUUGAAGCUCAGGUUGUUACUGCAGCAACAGAAACAACUUCUAGUCUUCCACAGUUCCAUCAGCAACCUCACCCUCCACAGCAGCAGCAGCAGCAGCAGCAACAACAACAACAACAACAACAACAACAGCAGCAGCAGCAGCAGCAACAGCAACACCACAACCAUACUCACCAGCAGACACAAGUGUUGCAACAAACCUCCACUCAACAACCACAGGAUGAUAACACAUCAGGAAGAGAAUACCACACACUUGAGGCUGCUGCUCCUGACAGUGACAACACAGCACAACAGACAUUAAAUAUGUUUCAUGUAACACAAGUGGAAAAUCAGCAGCAGAGUAUGUUUCAGUAUCAUUAAUGUGACUUCAAGAGUAGGCUGAAAGCAGGUCAUGGUACACUCUACAGUAAAUAUAUUUAAGUAUCCAGGGAUUUUAU